AUGAAGAACAUGGGCGGCCGGCCACACGCUUCUCUCCUCUCGUGUGGCCGCCCCCCUUUUCUUUUUGCGCUCCCGUUUUGCUCACAUCAUGGCGCAGUGCUCGACUUUGGCAAGAUCAUCAAGGGCGCCGUCGAGAAGCAGGGCAUGCUCGGCUGGCAGUUCAACACGGUCGGCGUGUCGGACGCCAUCACCAUGGGCGGCGACGGCAUGCGCUUCUCGCUGCAGACGCGCGAGCUCAUCGCCGACUCCAUCGAGUCCGUCACCUCGGCGCAGCACCACGACGCCAACAUCGCCAUCCCCGGGUGCGACAAGAACAUGCCCGGCGUGGUCAUGGCGGCGGCGCGCCACAACCGGCCCUUCAUCAUGGUCUACGGCGGCACCAUCCGCAAGGGCCACUCGUCGCUGCUCGGCCGCGCCGUCAACAUCAGCACCUGCUACGAGGCCGCGGGCGCGCACGCCUACGGAAAGCUCCACGCCGUUGCCACCCCUGACGCUGCCGGUGGUGGUACUGGCAACAGCAGCAGCAGUAGUAGCGGCGCCGACGUCCUCGACGACAUCGAGCGCCACGCCUGCCCCGGCGCGGGCGCCUGCGGCGGCAUGUACACGGCCAACACCAUGGCCACGGCCAUCGAGGCCAUGGGCCUGACGCUGCCGGGCUCGUCGUCGUACCCGGCGCAGUCGCCCGAGAAGGCGCGCGAGUGCGAGCGCGUCGGCGAGGUCAUCCGCACCACCAUGGAGCGCGACAUCCGCCCGCGCGACCUCCUCACGCGCGCCGCCUUCGAGAACGCCCUGGUGCUGACCAUGAUCCUCGGCGGGUCGACCAACGGCGUGCUGCACUUCCUCGCCAUGGCCAACACGGCCGGCGUCGCGCUCGGCCUCGACGACGUCCAGCGCGCCAGCGACCGCACCCCGCUGCUCGCCGACCUGGCCCCCAGCGGGCGCUACCUCAUGGAGGACCUGUACGCCGUGGGCGGCACCCCGAGCGUGCUCAAGAUGCUCAUCGCCAGGGGCCUCAUCGACGGCUCCGUCAUGACCGUCACGGGCCGCUCCCUCGCCGACAACGUCGCCGACUGGCCGAGCCUCGACCCGGGCCAGCGCAUCAUCCGCCCGCUCGAGGACCCCAUCAAGCCCACCGGCCACAUCCGCAUCCUGCGCGGCAACCUCGCCCCCGGCGGCGCCGUCGCCAAGAUCACCGGCAAGGAGGGCCUGUCCUUUACCGGCCGCGCCCGCGUCUUCGACCGCGAGCGCGACCUCAACGACGCCCUGUCCCGCGGCGCCAUCCGCCGCGACGACGGCAACCUCGUGCUCGUCGUGCGCUACGAGGGCCCCAAGGGCGGGCCCGGCAUGCCCGAGCAGCUGCGCGCCAGUGCCGCCAUCAUGGGCGCCGGGCUCGACAACGUCGCCCUCGUCACCGACGGGCGCUACAGCGGCGCCUCGCACGGCUUCAUCGUCGGCCACGUCGUCCCCGAGGCCGCCGUCGGCGGGCCUAUUGCCCUGCUGCGCGACGGCGACGAGGUCACCAUCGACGCCGUCCGCAAUAGCCUCGACGCCGCCGUCUCCGACGAGGAGAUGGCCCGUCGCAGGACCGAGUGGCGCGCCCCCGAGCCGAGGGUCAAGAGGGGCGUCCUGGCAAAGUACGCCAAGCUCGUCGGUGACGCGAGCCAUGGCGCCGUCACCGACGGGUGGUGA